GUAACGGCCCUAAACAUUUAAGCCAGUUUUACUCGCCCUGUUGACAGUUUGCCUCUAAAAUGCCAAAACCGGGUUCUCGUCGCGUUAGAUUCGGAAGCUCACAGGACAGGAGAAUUUACCCCCGCUACUUUCCACUCGACCGAUUAGGAAACCAGCUGAAAAGAGAAGAAGCUCGGAAGCCGCCUCAUCUCGGACCGGGCUGCUAUUCCAACGAUGAGUUUGGCUCCAUUGUUUACAAUCUGGAAACCAGACCUGAGAGUUACAAGGGAUAUACUCUCUCUGCCCGGACUGACAUUCGUUUUCCACCUUCUAAGUUGACUCCAUCACCUCAGCAGUACCAGAGAGAUCAGAGCAAAUCCAGAGUUCCUUUCCACGGCACAGCUCCAUUCGGUUCUUAUGAAUAUAAAUUCAAAAUGCCGAAAAACACCUCCUACAACAGCCCUGGCCCUGGGAUGUACGAACACAUCACAAAAAAGAACAGGAAGGUGAUCUGGCCCAUGUGCUUUGGGAAACCAGACUGGUCCAAACUGCUGCAGCUGAACAAGAAGGCUGUCAAAGUGACGAUACCCACCGACUAUGGGUUCGUUAGGCACAGGGGCAAACUGGCCUAUCUGAGUUUGUACUUUUAACUCUACAGCUGAGCCAUGAAAUCACAUCACAACAUGGAGGCCGCGAUGAAUCGCCUGAAGCUGCAGAAAUCCUCACCUAGGAGAUACUGUAAGAGUUAAUAAAAAAACAAACU